AUGUCUGCAACAGCAGCAGCUGGAGCAACACCACACCCCUCCUCCUUCCCUCACUUAUUCACAAAUUCAAUCAUAAAAUCAAGGCACUCCAUCUCUGUCACCCGUAAUUCAAUAAACCCUAGCUCCCCAAAUACCCCCAAUCCCACUUGGACCGCCUCUGAGAUCGCCGACGCUGUCAAUGGCAGGAUUGUGAAAUGGGGUCCUCCUGGAACCGUUUCUACAGACACCAGAACCCUUCAGCCCAACCAAUGGUUCUUCGCCAUUGCCGGUCUAAACUUCGACGCCCACGAUUUCAUAACCCCGGAAUUAUCCCGUAAUAAAGGCUGUGCCGGAGUUAUCGGCAACCGGGUUUGCGAAAAUUGGGACAAGGGCUUCGUUCAAUUCGAUGGCAAUACUGUAAUUUCAUUGACGAAGAUGGCAAGUUAUGCGAGGAAUAGGUUCCAUGGAGAAGUGGUGGGAGUGACUGGGAGUGUGGGUAAGACUAGCACAAAAUGCAUGAUAGCUUUGGCUCUUCAAAAUCAGAGUUCAAGAGGUUUGGUUCUUCAUGUUCAUCAAAGUCAUGGGAAUUGGAAUAGUGAAAUUGGGGUGGCUCUGUCGCUAAUUGGGGUUCCUGCAGGAACUGGGAUUGUGGUUUUGGAGAUGGGAAUGAGUGGGAAGGGGGAGAUAUUAGAGCUUGCGAGGAUGGCUCGGCCCACUAUCAGGGUCAUUUUAAACGUGGGCGCUUCCCAUUUUCAAAAUUUCUCCAGUUUAGAGGAGAUAGGCAUGGCCAAGGGGGAGAUUUUGGCCGAAGCAAAGCCCGGGGAUGUUUGUGUUUUGAAUGCUGAUGAUCCACUUGUUAUGAACCUCCCUGUACCACUUGGUGUAAAAAAGGUGCUCUUUGGUCAUAGAGUGGGGUGUGAUGUUCGGUUGGUAGCGUCAGAAAGCACGGAUGGAGGUCUUGGAGUUAGAGUUGUCUUACAGAAUCAUCAAGAGAUGGUAGAAUUCGUGAUAGCUAGUCCAGGUUUGCAUUUGGCUCUCAAUGCAUGUGCAGCAGCAGCAGUUGCGACCCUUUUGGGAGUCUCUCUUUCUGAAAUUGGAAAUCACCUGUCAGCAUUUUCUCCUGUUCACAUGAGGUCGGAGCUUGAAGUUGGUAGAAAUGGAAUGAAAAUAGUGAAUGAUGCUUACAAUGCCAAUCCUGUGAGCACCAAGGCUGCCAUCGACUUACUAGAGAGUAUUGAUAUUGAUUGCGGAGGCAAAAGAAUUGUCGUGCUUGGCGACAUGUUAGAACUUGGUGCAAUUGAGUUGGAGUCUCACAAGAUGAUUCUGAAGCGCUGCUGUUGUAGUGCUCAUAUUGAUUUAGUUGGGCUUGUUGGGAGGAGGUUUUGUGCAGCUGCUAAGAAUCUCAACUUGCUUGAAGACAGAAAUAUUGUGUAUGCUCUUGACUCGGAAACUUUUGCACAAGAAAUUGUGAAGAGGGUUAGUUAUAAUGAUGUUGUUUUGGUAAAGGGUAGUCGAGCAAUGCAAAUGGAGAAAAUUGUAAAUGCAGUUAAAGCAAUGGAAUGUUGA